UACAAAGAAUAAUAUUAAUCUUCUGCCUAUACAUUGAAUGGUUUGGUGUCUGCACAGAUCAUUUAUCUGAACUUCCAUGGAAUCAGCGUCUUCAUCUUUCCAACACCAACGGAUGUACGAUGUGCUCAUCAACUUUGCUGGAGAAGACAUCCAAAGGAAAUUUGUUUCUCAUCUCGACUCUGUCCUCACUUCUGUUGGAAUCUCCACUUUCCUUCACCACCAGAAUGCAGUGAAGGAAAUGUAUACCGAAGAACCUAUCCUGAAUAUGUGUCAGGUAGUAAUAGUUGUUUUCACCAAAACCUAUUCUCAAUCUGCCUGGUGUCUUCAUCAACUUCAACAAAUCAUUCAGUGGCACGAAACCUAUCGUCGACAUGUUCUGCCUGUAUACUACGAAAUUCAGCCAUCUGAUGUACGUCUUCAGAAAGGUGAUUUUGGAAAAGCCUUCACAGAAACUGCUCACCAAACGUUCUCAGGAAAACAACUGGAGCAUGGCAUGUCCAGGUGGAGAUACGCACUCACCAAAGCUGCAAAUUUCUUUGGAUGGGAUGAGAGCAAUCACAGGAGUGAUGCAGAACUAGUGGACGCAAUUGUUAAGAGCGUUCUUAAUUUAUCAGUUUUGUCUGCUACUAAUUUUCCAGUUGGAUUACAGUCCCACGUGGAAGAUGUGAUUCGAACUAUAAAAAAUAAAUCCACGGAAGUUUGUACGAUAGGGAUAUGUGGAAUGGAAGGAUCUGGUAAAACCACCAUUGCCAAAGCCAUCUACAACCAUAUUCAUGGCACAUUCAAGGAAAAAAGUUUCAUUGAAGAUAUUGCGCGAGUUAGUCGAACCAAAGGGUAUGCUCAUUUACAAGGACAACUUCUGUCGGAUAUCCUUAAAUCAAAGGUGGAGAUACAUAGCGUUGAGAUGGGAAGACGUAUGCUUCAGCAAAGGCUUCUUGGUAAAAGGGUGUUGAUUGUACUUGACAAUAUAGAUGAGAAAGCUCCAUUAUUAGAUCUUUGGAGAAAUCAUGCAUGGUUCAAUAAAGGAACUGUAAUAAUAAUUACAACAGCACAUGAACACCUACUAAGGACGAGGAUAGCUCAAGAUGAUUCUAUUUUUCGGAUAAACGUAAUGAACGAAAAUGAGUCGCUUGAGCUUCUUAGCUGGCACGCAUUUAGAGAAGCAAAACCAAAAGCAGAAUACGACGACCUUGCAAAGGAAGUAGUUGCUUAUUGUGGAGGACUACCUCUGGCUCUUGAAGUCAUUGGAAGUAGUUUAUUUGAAAGGACGAAAGAAGAAUGGAGGUGGAAAGUGUCACUAUUAGAGAAAAUUCCCAUGUAUGAUGUUCAAAAGAAAUUGAAAACAAGCUUUGGAGGUUUACAUAAUCUAAUGGAAAUUGAUUUAUUUCUUGACGUAUGUUGUUCCUUUGUUGGUAAGGACAGAGCCUAUGUUACGAAGAUUCUAAAGAGCUGUGGAGUAGAUGCUGAUAAUGGAAUAAGAUUUCUCAUAGAUCGUAACCUCAUCAAAGCUAAAAGGAACAACAAACUUACAAUGCAUCCUUUGUUACAAGACAUGGGAAGAGAAAUUGUUCAUAAAUUUAUACAAGAGGAAGUUUGGAUGAAGAGUCCACGGUUUGAUCAUUCAUAUGUAUUGACAAAUAAUACAGGGAAGAAAUCCUCUAGGGAAUUGCCUGUGAAACUUCUGUCAUCCAUAAGAGAACCAUCAGGACUGCUGAAACUCGCUCAAAAUUCUGAGUGUCGCUCUAAGAAAUUGAGAUGGAUGAGUUUGCAAGGGUUUUCUUCAAAAAAUCUAUCUAUCGACUUUGAUCUGAAUGAUGCAAUAGCAAUUGAUUUAAAACGCAGUCUUCUUCGACUCGUCUGGAAACAACCCCAGUUUUUAAUGUGGCUAAAAGUUCUUAAUCUUAGUCACUCCAAGAAUUUAACACAAACCCCUGACUUUAUCGGACUACCACGUCUUGAACGUCUCAUUCUCAAAGAUUGUCCACGAUUGCACGAACUGCACCAUUCUAUUGGAUUUCUCAGAAAUCUUAUACUGCUAAAUCUGAAGGACUGUACAGGUCUAAGAUAUCUCCCUAAGGAGAUAAGGAAGUUGAAAUCUUUAAAAUCUCUCAUUCUUUCUGGUUGUUUGAAGAUUCUCCUAUUGGAAAAAGAUAUGAUGCAAAUGAAAUCCCUGAUAACUCUAGUUGCUGAGAAUAAACCUAUGAAACAAGUGCCUUUUUCAAUUGUAAACUCAGAAAGCAUUGGAUAUAUAUCCCUACGUCGAUUUGAGGGAUUGUUACGUAAUCUUUUUCCUUCUAUCAUUCGGUCUUGGAUGUCGCCAACAAUGAAUCCCAUAUCUUAUAUUCAUUCAAUGUGCAUGGAUAUCGAUAAUAGUUGGGAUGAUAUUGAACCAUUGCAUGGCAGCCUCAAAAAUCUUCGAAGUGUUUUGGUGCAAUGUGACACCGAGUUCCAACUAUCUAAACAAGUACAAAAUAUUCUGGUAGAAUAUUUUGCAUCUAUUAUAGAACCAGAAAUUUCAAAGCAACAACUCAGGUGUUCUUUGAUUGGUGUCGGAGCAUACGAUGAAUUCUUCAAUGUUUUCAGCGAUAACAUACCUAAGGAUUUGGCAUACAGUGAGUGGUGUGAUGUUUCUCUCCCAGUUGUCAAUGAAACUUAUUGGUUGGCCCAUAUGGGUGAGGGACAUUCUGUUUCCUUCACAGUGCCCGAGAAUCGUGUCAUGAAGGGAAUGGCUUUGUGUGUGUUUUAUUUAUCAACCUCUGAAAUCGUGGCAGCUGAAUGUCUUAGAAGUGUCUUAAUUGUUAAUUACACAAAGUGCACAUUGCAUAUACACAACAAUGACACAAUCAUAUCCUUUAAUGAUAUAGAUUGGCAGGGUAUAAAGUCUAAUUUAGGAUCUGGAGACAAGGUGGAGAUUUUUCUGACUUUUGCUCAUGGAUUGCUUGUGAAGAACACAAUUUUCUAUUCUAUAUGCGCGGAAUAAAAUUACUUCAAAAAAGAGUCUAAACCAAAGGAAAAAAAAUUCUCUCCUUAGAUUCAUAAAGAAAAUUGUAAUGUGACUUCUGCUAUGUCAUUUAUCUUCUUUAAGAACCACGGGAUCCUUUACUUAUGUUCAUUUUUUCCAUUCUUUCCUUGUUUU